AUGAAAGAAAAAGACAAAGAAAGGAAAAACGGGGCUAAAAACGAGGCUAAAAAUGAGGCUAAAAACGAGGCUAAGAAAGAAGCUAAAAAUGAUAACCAAGAAGACCAUGACGAUAACGUCGUUGGGGAUGAUGAAUAUCCAGACGAAUUUUCCGAAACAAAUGAUUCCAAUGAAUUUUUAUCGGAUGAUGGAGAGAACAAAGGAGAGUCGAAAGUAGAAGGUGUUCAAUACAACGAGUCCGCAGAUUCUUACUACACUAAUGUUGAAUCCAAAAUGGAAGAAUUCAAAUUUGGAAAAAUGAAAGAAGAAAUUCUUCAUGUACAUAAGAAAAAUAUCAGCGGGUUAAAGUCAGUACGGAAGGGUAGUAGUUUAAUAGUAACAGGGAACGACAACUGCAUACGAAUAUACGAAUUUCAGUGUAUGAAUAGAGAGGAAAAAGGAUAUACAAAAUUGAUAACGUUAGCAGAAGGAUCUAUUAUUCAAUCAUUAGAUGCGACAAAUAAUCUCAUUUUGGUUGCCAAUGGAAAUAAGUGCUACGUAUAUGAUCGUACAUGUAAGCUAGUUAAAAACACAAUUAGAGGAGAUAUGUACAUCACAGAUGUUAAUAAAACAAGGGGACACACGAGGAACGUGAAUUGCUGCCAAUUCCAUCCAUGCAAUGAAAAUAUUUUUAUAAGUGGAAGUUUAGAUAGCACUGUUAGGAUUUGGAAUUUACAAAAAAAUGUUUGCUAUGGUAUCGACAAUGAAUUAGUUCAUCAUCAAUGUUUAAAAGUAGUUAAUGAAAAAAAUAUUAUGAACAACAAUAUACUGUGUUGUCAAUUUGUUAGAGAUGGAAAUUCUAUUAUUUUAGGUUGUGAAAAUGGCCAUAUUGAAGUGAGAAAUAAAAUAUCCAAUGAUUAUAUGUAUAGCUAUAAAUCAAAGUACAGCAUUAGUAAAAGCGUUUCACAUACCAAUUCUGUAGUCGACAUAGUUACUUCAAAAAAAAGGGACCAUUUUUUUUUUACUAGAAGUUUAGACAAUACUAUUAAAUAUUGGGAUAGGAGAUAUUUACAAAGGUGCAUUAAAACCAUUGACAGCAUUCCCACAAUUUUUAGAAACAGCAAUAUAUCAUUUUGUGGGAAUGAUGAAAGGUACCUAAUAGCAGGAACACAAGAAAGAAAAAAAACAGUAGAUCAACAUAUAGCGGAAAAUGAGCGUACAGUAAGAAGUGUAGGGAACAUUCUAUCCGAUGUCGAAAAAUAUAAAAUGAUGAAAUUACAAAUGAAGAGUACCAACAUGGGUGCUAAUAAUUUUGUCAAGGUCUACAAGGGCGAUGAAGACAUGAAUCAAUUCCUUAAUGAAGUAGCUAAUACUAAAAAAACAGAAAAAAAUAUAAAAGGAAUGCUAAAAAUUUAUGAUACAUAUAUGGAUAAUUUUAACUUGGUGUACGAAAAGUGUUAUGAACAGUCAGGUAUUAUAUGUACGCAUUUUAAUAAUCAAAUAAAUCAUCUUUUUCUAGGGACAACAGAUGGAAAUUGCUUCAUAUAUUUUGAUGACGAUAGCGAUUUUCAUAGUGAUCAUAUUCACAGUGCUAAUCACAAUGGGGAUGUUAACAAGGCACGGAAAAAGGGAGGCGUGCUUGAAUAUCUAUACAAAGGUGUAAAAAGAAAACAAGAAAAUAAUUCCUUUUACAUGAAUGCACAACAUAUUUACAACUUGGAUAAUUUACCUCAGGAAAUCAAAAUAACAGAAGCAGGAAAUGUAGUAAUAAGAAAAGACUUGAACAACAAAAAGGCAAAAAUGAAUCCUACUCUUAGUUCUCUCACAUUAAAUGCAUAUGAUAAAAAAAGACAAAUUGGCAUGUAUUCAAAGUUUAUUAUAGAUGCUUGUGAAAGGAACGAAUCCAAAAAUCCAGUAAACAAGUACAACGAAUAUGAAGAUGAAAACAUCGUGGAAAUUUUAAGAAAUAGAGAAAAAAAUAAAACAGGAGAUGACUACUUCAUGAAUGCUUACAAAUGUACUCAACCGAAUGCCAUAAUUGACUAUUCGUCUGAAGAGGGACCUGAAUAUUCUCAGAUUUUGAAAAAGCCAAAGUGUCCACAAUGCGGUGUUAAGAAUUGUGUCUGUGGGUUCAUGCACCCGGAGGGGAAGCGUGGUGGCUCAUAA